ACAGAUAGGACAUAUGUGAUAGAUAGACAGAGAAUGGUUCAUAGCAUCACAGAAGAAACAUUGAAGGAAUGGCUACCAGAGUGACUCUAUCUUCUCCUCUAGCCUUCAAAACUUCACUUCUGCCCAAAUCACCAUCACUUUCUCCAGUUUCAUUCAGCCUUGGUUCUCCCAAAACAAAUGCUGUUGUUGGUGUCAGAGUUCAUGCUAAAAUAGGUGGUUCAGAUGAAGACACCAAGAAAGGAGAGAAGAAGAAAUUCAUCACCAGAGAUGAAGAACCACAACAAUAUUGGCAGACAGCAGGGGAAAGGGAAGGAGAGAACCCCAUGAAAACCCCUCUUCCUUACAUCAUCAUAUUUGGUAUGUCAACUCCUUUUGUAAUCUUGGCCAUUGCUUUUGCAAAUGGUUGGAUUAAGGUACCUGUGCGAUGAGAUACAAGCAUAGACAAUGCUUCAUUGUCUACUCGUGUUCAGAUGUUAAUUCUCUUGAAUCUUAAGCACUUUAGCUCUCAAACAUGAGCAGAGAAUUUCUUUACCUUUUUUUAUCACAUUUGUAUGGACAUAAUAUAAUCCACCAUUUUAAUGAAUGAGAAUGUCAGAUUGACAAUGC